AUGAAUCGUUCUCCUGAAAAUUUGAAUCCAACAAUCUAUGAGCGUACAGAGGAACGUUCAAUUGUUGACACUGACUAUGAUAAUGAAAAAUCAGAUGAAUUUGAUAAACGUGAAAUAUUUGAUCUUAUUCGAACUAUAAGUGAUCCAGAGCAUCCGUUAACGUUAGAAGAAUUGAAUGUUGUCGAUAUGGAUGGAGUUCAUAUCGAUAAUGCACAAAAUACAGUUGAAAUUCAUUUCAAGCCAACAAUUCCACAUUGUUCAAUGGCAACAUUAAUUGGUUUAAGUAUUCGUGCGAAAUUAUUAUAUACAUUACCACCACGUUUCAAAGUGAAAGUAAAUAUUCUGGAUGGUACACAUAUUCAAGAACAUCAAAUUAAUAAACAAUUAAAUGAUAAAGAACGAGUGACAGCGGCACUAGAAAAUUCACAUUUAGUAUCUGUUGUAAAUAGAUGUAUUAUUAAUCAAGAUGGGAUGGAGAAUAACGGUGAAGAUAAAGAAAAUAAUUAUCGUUAA